AGUCAACUACGUCUAACUGACACGUGUGAUACCUUUCAACCUUCACCUAAUUUGCGGAUUCCGAUAGGUUUGCGGAAUCGUGUCGCAGGCUCUCCUCUUCAUUCUGUAAUACCACCAGGAUUCCCCUGUACAAUGUUUCCUCAUCUUGGAAGGACGGCGAGUAUUGUUUCACAGUCUGUCAGGCGAAUGGCUACGUUGCACAAGCCGCCAUUAACAGGGAAAAGUCCUACGGGUACGCAUUCCCUGCGUUUCCUCUCAUUACAUGCUUGACGCACGGUUUCUUCAGCCAUUGUUAUGUUGAACAUGGGAGGACCUUCGACGGUACCCGAGACCUAUGACUUCCUCAAAAACCUGUUCAUGGAUGGCGACCUGAUUCCGCUGCCUUUUCAGCGCGUUCUAGCCCCUUUCAUUGCCAAGCGGCGGACACCUCAAAUUGAGAAGCAGUAUGCUGACAUUGGUGGUGGUUCUCCCAUUCUCAAGUAUACGGAGUUGCAGGGUGCUGGUAUGUGCGAACUCCUGGACGAGCUGCACCCAGAGACUGCUCCACACAAAAGUUAUGUCGCGUUUCGCUAUGCGAACCCGCUGACACAGGAGACUGCGCAGAGGAUGAAGGCGGAUGGUGUGAAGAGGGCAGUUGCAUUCACGCAGUAUCCGCAGUACAGCUGUAGUACGACUGGAAGCAGUCUGAACGAACUUUUCAGACGAGGGAGGGGAGGCGAGAUGGGGGACAUCGAAUGGAGCGUGAUAGACCGCUGGGGUACACACCCAGGAUUCAUCGAGGCUGUUGCACAAAACAUUGAGGCCGCCCUGGCUAAAUUCCAACCGUCAAAACGCUCAGACGUGGUUAUUCUGUUUUCAGCUCACUCAUUACCUAUGUCGGUAGUGAACCGAGGCGACCCAUAUGUCCUUGAGGUCUCCGCAUCCGUUAACGCCGUUAUGGACAGACUCGGCCACUCAAAUCCCUACCGUCUUGUCUGGCAGUCGCAAGUUGGACCUUCUGCGUGGAUGGGAAUGCAAACUGGGGAGGCUAUCAAGGGUCUCGCUCGUCUUGGACAGAAGGAAGCGGUUCUAGUCCCUAUUGCCUUCACGAGCGAUCAUAUCGAGACGCUCUAUGAGCUGGAUCUCGAGUAUAUGAAAGAGGGAAAGGAGCUGGGGAUGGAGCUGCAGCGCGCGGAAUCACUGAAUGGAUCUCCUGUGUUUAUCCGUGCGUUGGCAGAUAUUACGGCAAAGCAUUUGCGUGACUACUCAGCGAGGGCGAUUGGACCUACGAGUGUACAGAUGGGACUCCGGUGUCCGGGCUGUAAAAAUAUGACUUGUGGCCAGCAGAAACAUUGGUUCGCCCGUGCUGGACGUUCGUAGCAGUUCAAACGUUCAUUUUUGGCUUACUAUGUAGAGCGAAUGAAGGCAACCUUAGACUGCCCGUUUCUAGCAUCUGCUGUCAACUUUCUCGCUAUUUGCGAAUUCACUUUUGCAGCAUCGCGUGU